AAAAAGCAAACAAAACCAAAUCGAAACAAAAUAGCCUGAGAGUUAAACAUGUUCUCAAACUUUGGAAGAACAAACUUUUAUCUGUGUUGAGGAGCUAUGGAUUGUCAUUCUGGUAAAUGAAAAUAGCAGGUGGUAGGACACUAGCAUAGAUCAUGAGCCUGGAUAGAAAUAGAAGCUAGACAAAGGAGGACUACUUGCUAUGAGAAGAAAUAAAACAGCAAGGUAGAAGCAUGAGUUGACCAUUGACUGUGACUGCUAAUAUUCAGUGGCUUAUUCACAACAUUUUGGUGACAUACAAGUGCAGGGGAAUAUGGCAUGACUGAUGAGACUUUUCUGAUGUCAAUGGAUCAUGAUAUUGGAAAAGUUAAUGGCCUGAAACUGUGGUUUUAAAAUGUCAUUGACUAUACAUUAUAGCGAAGAGAAAUUCAGAAAACAACUUGAAAAAGAAAUUGUAGAAAUGAGAAGGAGCAACUGGAGAUUCACAAGCCCCCCAUAAAAACAGAUGAGCUAAUGCCCAGAAUUUAAGGGAUUUCCCUUGGCUUCCCAUCAUAACUGUGUUUUAUAUUGUAAUUGUUUGUUUGUAUUUGUUGUAUUUACUCUGGAUUGUGUUUGUGCCUUCCUAUUAUGUCCCCCAAUACGAGUUUCUAUUCUGUUGCCCACCACAUUCUUUUUUGCCAUGUGGACAUCUUUUCCUCUCUUUGAGAGGAAAUAUGGCUGGGAAGAAAUAUUAUGCUGAAUUGACAGACAGGAAUAAGUUAACUAAAUGCAGUUCUUGGUAGGGUUUUGCCAUGCCUCAGAAGGGGCUCCAGAGGGGCCUAUGAGAAGUUGGAUCUGUCUUGGGUUUACAUUUACAUGAUGCAUGUAGCAUGUUCAGAAAAGGGCAUAUAAAUAAACACAUUACACAUCAACUUUGACUUAAUGACAUCAACUUCUCCUCUGACCCUAUUUGCCCCUGAAAUUAAUGAACACUUGGCAAAGGACUAACAGGAUUCAUAUCUAUAAAGCUACUGACUGUGGUGAAUGGGGUUAAAAUGCUCUCUGUGGGAGCCUGGAUCUGUACAGUUUUAUCUUGUGUGUGCAAAUGAAGACUCCUUGCUUUUUCAGAUGUAGAAAGGAAUGUCAUCUUUAGUUUUUCUGAGAUUUCAAAUGUUCAGAAUAAUGCAGAGUAAAGCUAAAUUCACUCCUAAACAUCUGCCUGUAUUCCUUUUUGUUUCCAAAAGAAAAGUAGUUCUGGUUAUUCAUUCUGACAAGAGUCUUAAGUUACAGAUGAUAUUUUUGUAACUGCAUUUAUUGCUGUUCUCUUUCUGAAUUUUAGCCAUCAUUCUUGGUGUCACACAAACUGUUAGUGGUUAUUCAGAGUUCUCUGAAUAUGAUCUAAAUGCAUAAAUAGAAAGUAGUUUGUGUUAAGUGGCAUAAGUGGCAUAUAAUGGUGUAGUUCUGCAUUUCAUGUCUUGGAUUAGUUUAUACAUUAAUACUUCAUAAUUUGACUGAACCAGUUUGAAUUUCCUGCAGUGCAACAAAAAUAGAAAGUAGGAAGCAAGCUCUCUAGAAAAAGAAAUAUUCAAGGAUUUGGAGGGUCUGUUUUUAUACCCAAAAAGUACUCAGGCACACCAGGCCAUCCUGCUGGGCUAUUAAUACUGUGGGGAAUGUCCUUGGGUGGUGUAAACCAGCAAAGCUCUGCAUGGACCCCAGAAUAUUUGCCCAGCCCUCUGAGAGCAGCCUGUUGGUGUUUCCAGUUGGGAGUCAGAGGGUAGAAACAUCCACACAUUUUGUAAAUUAGAAGGAGGCUUAGAGGGUAUACAGUGGAAACCUGUUCUUUGUGUUACCUGACCUGUCCCUCUGAUAGUGAGUGAGUGUCAUGUGGUGCACAGAAAUGUUUGGGGAGGAAGGCCAGGUGCCCUCUGAAAACACAUAAUUGCUGAUAAUGGAGCGCUUUGAUAAUACUAAUUAAAGAGGUGCUGCCUGUGUGUCACUGAGAAUAAGCUCUGAAAUUAGGCAGCAAUGGCUUUAGGUUGGUUUUGAUCCGUGCCUUUCACAUUGGUAUUGAUUUUGAUUUAAAUCAUUCUGGCUUCUUUACUGCUGGGAAGACGAAGCUACAGGUGAGGCAGAGUAAUGUAGUGUGUACUACUCUGCUCCUUACACGAAGGAGGAGAUUGAGUAAGAUUUGCAAAGUACCUCAUAAGUCAGUAUACUGUUACAGACAGAUGUGGAAGAAGACAAAACCUGAAGUCUUUCAGAGUUACUGUUCUGUGAACAGCUGUUUGGAAGGAGCAGAAACGUGUUUGCACAGGCGUGUGUUUGUGUGCGUGUGUGCACACAGGUUAUAAAACAGGGUUUCUGGGUGGUGAGGAAGAGCUCUGCAAAGGGAAAUCUGAGGGUAAAAUGUGUGCUUUCUUGUUUAUUUUCUGCUUUCAGAAAACUAGUAGAUUGCCCAGGUUAAUCAGCAUUGCCAUCUACCAGCCAUCUACCCAAGAAACAGCAAAAAAUCACACAGAAACAGCAAAAAAGACACAUGUCUUUCUCAUUCCAGGGCUUAACAAGAACCAAUUGUUUGGCUCCACUCAUCUAUGGACCAAACAGAAAAAGGCAUUAUUGUUUUUUGAAUGUAUGAGUAGAUAGUUGCUUGGUUUUCCCUUUACUUUCAAAUAUUAAACUUUUAGAGAAUGUGGUUUAGCUCAAGCUCAUCUUUCCAUUUAAUUUUAUUGUUAUUAUUAUUAAUGAAAAAUGCUGGAAAAGCUAUGCAUUUAAUCCCUAAUUUGGCAUUCUUGCACAUAAAUUACAGUCCAGCCUCCACCUGUAUGAUCACGUUCAAAUUGUUCAGCAAGAUCUCCAGUCUUAGAAUGUAAAGGAAAUUCUUGAAUGUUUGAGAGUGAAAUCUAUUCCUGGCUGAGCUGGUUAGUUCUCUGUGGUUGUUUUUAGAUGAAGAAACACAAAGUAUGGAACUUCCUAAUUCUGGCUUUCCUUAAUUUUGAUGUUCACAGGAUACUAAUUCCUCUUUAAAAACUUUAAUGCAUGUAAUAUUAAUAAAUACUGCUAAUGUUUUCCAUUGUUUCCAGUAGGCCUCUAAAAGAAUCAGACUGAGUGUAAAGUGACCCUGCAGCAUUCCUGCACUAUUGGAUAGCUUGGCCAAAAAAGAGGGAACACUGUUUUAAAAGGCCACCACCCCCAAAAUAAACCCACCAAAACAAAAGAAAACAACCUUAUUGCUGCCCUUAGCUAAACACAUUCUCCACACUGUGCUCUGCUCCAGGGAGGAAGUGUUAUCUUUUACAAUACCUUUGCCUUUAAUUUCCUCUCUUAUCUUCCUACUAUCACAAACAAAAGGAACACUGUGAGCUUGCAGACAGAUCAGGCAGAUAAAUUAAUUCAGAGAGGUCAUUCUUGCAACUGAUGUUUUCUUAAGUAGUGGUGAAGAUCAAGGCUUUUUACAUGAGAAUUUUUACUUCCAGGUGUAGUGAUCUGUUGAAGCAUUCUGGGCACCUCAGUAAAAUGUGUGUGUGUGUGUUUUUCUCCAUCUUGCAAUGUUCAGAGGAAAAACUGGUUUUGAAUUAGUGCUGUGUUGAGUUUAGCUCGAUUUUGGUGUAAACCUGAUGGAAACAGUUUUGUCAUCUGUGACAGUAUCAGGUUAUCUGCAGUGGAUCACUGCAGUCUAGCAAGCCUUAGCAGAUCAGUCAGUGGUACCAGUUUGACUGCUACAGCUGGGUUUAUCAUUCAGCCUUGUGCUGGAUAAUGAUUCUUGCGCAUCUGUACAGAGAUUUUCAGCAGAGCUGAUGGAAUUUCAUAAAGAAGCUUGUUCUUUAAUAACAAAAUUAGAGGCACGGUUCAGUAUUUCAGCUUAGCACCCUUCCUUGAGCCAGCAGGCCUAUAUGGAAUCAGCUAAUGCUAAUUAACCAGGACAGCAGGAGCGGGGUAACCCUCCAGCAGAGAGCUUGGUGUGGGCUUCCUGCCCCAGCAGUUACCUGUGGUGUUGGCAGGUCUCACCACUGACACGGUUAGUGCUUGCUCAGGUAAGUGCACCUGAGCUGCAAAAACAUAAUGAAGUGAUGGCACUGUAGUGGUUCACAGAUCAAAAUUCCCAAUCUGCACAAAAUGAUGUAGUUCCAUGACAUUUUUCCCUUUAAAAGAGGAGGGAUCUGACUGAUGUAUGUCUGUGCCUUUUGGGCUACAGGGUAGAUGUGCUUCCCUUGGUGCAAACUUGGGUGUACUACAGGAGUGUGUAUGGGAUUCAUUGGCCCACCGCUCAGAAGGCUUGAGCAAGGAAUUACGUACAGUUUGAUUGCUCUCUGAAAUAUCUCCAUAAUAUAUAACCCUGAAGGUCUGUGCAGUUGCACAGAGCUUUAUCCAACCCAACAGAAGUGCACCUUAUGGAAUCACCCUGGAUUGGAUCAGGACAGCUGUGUCUGCACCUACGCUCAGCUCGAGUCUCCUCCUGCAGGAGCUUGUCGGUUCGUUUUAAGACACCAGGAUCAGCUGAACGCUUUUCCCCCCAGGCCCGUUCACUCAGAUAUGUCCUAAGUAGGUCACUGAGAAAAUCAAAGGUACAGAAACUGGACUGAGUGCUCACCAACUGGCUCCUGCAUGUAACUGCUGUAUUUUAGUUUAGCUUCUCCCAAGAUGUUUCCUGAUGUCUCUGAGAAUGUUACCCAUAAAAAGGCAGGCUGCUCGUCAAGGAAGCAAGUCAGUGAACACAUGAAUAUUUUGAGCCACAGCGUGUAGCAUUCAGUAUUUAUCACUACAGGAAAGAACCACGUGACUUCUCUCUCACAUGGUAGCUCCUUGGUUUAUGCCUUACAGAUUGGAAAAUAGCAAAAGUAUCCUGCAGGAUCACUUUUGAAGAAAAGGCAAGGCGCUGGAAUGAUCCACAGUGCUAACAACACUUUGCUGCAGAUUGGUUCCUGCUCUUACCCCUCAGGAAAGCUCUGUGUGUGUGAAAACAAUGGACUUGCUAAAGCCAGAGAUGAGUUAAUGCUUUACUGCCUAAAAAAAAGUGUUCAGAGGCAAGUGUGACCUCAGAAGUAGAGGUGUGGCCUGACAGGCAAGCAUGUUUAACCUGCCCCUUCGUGGAGUUGAAUGCAUUUUGUCCAUGAAAGAAUAUGCUGUGUAGGGCUCAGUGCACCUCCUUUUUGGUGCAAUUUGAGAGGGAGAUGAAGGACUGUUGGAGCACUUCAGGGUAUUGUUUCUUGGCUGGAACACACGUACUCCAAGACAAACAAAUUUGCUCAAUAUUUUUAUGAGUCUCUGAGCUCAUUUGGUUCUGGCAGGGAUGACUUGACUUCAUCCAGAGACAGUAGGGGGGAGAUCAUUCCAAGUUUCUCUUUAUUUGGGUAGUGGAACAUGAGUAACUUCUUCCCAGAGCUGGAGGGAGUUGCCUCAGGCUCCUCAUCAUGCACAGUGUGUCAUACUGUGUCUCUCACGUCCCUCCACAGCAUCUAUAGCAGCUCCCUUGUAUGGCCCAAGUGCAGUGCAAAAUGUAAUUGCCUCUGAUGCAGCAAUUUCAGCACAAGCACUUUGGACUCUGUGGAAUAACAAAUAAUAAUAAAGAAAAUAGUCUUGCAAUGAAUGCUAAUCACACCCUAUAGUAUUACAUUGAGUUUGUCAUUAGAUAGCAGAUGUUAAAUGCAGAAAUACUAACUUUCACAGAACCUUAGAGAGUUUAGAGUUCUUCGUAAAUAUCUAAUCUCCACUUUAAAAAUACGGUUUAUUUCCCAGUACAAAUUCUUCAUUAUUUGUAGUUAAGGCUGAAAGGCCUCAUCAUUUAUAUGAGUAAGACAUGCCCUUAAGAUUUACUAAGGUGAGCAGAUUCUGGAAACUGAGGCAAAGGUUCUGUUCUGCAGGUGAACCCACAAAGCUUCAAAGCCUGCAGAGGUGCAUGCAUGUGUGGCCUUUUAGACAAUUCUAGCUUGACAAGAUUCACUAUUCCUCUUUUUUUUCUGACCUUUUGAUCUUGAUUGUUGCACUGUCUCCUGUUCUCCUGAAGCCAGAACUAUUUCUGCCCACUUUUGCCUCACUAUGUCUCUCUUUUUUUGCAGACUUAGACUGCCUUUACAAGGCAUUCACUGCCUGAUAUAAGUUUAUAGUGCCAGUUAAUGUUGUUCCAAGCUUCUGAACGUAAUAUUUAUGUUGAGUGUGUCUCUGUUACAUGCAAAAUCAAGCUGGAGGCUGAUUCCUAUUUCAUUCUUCUUCUUGACCUAGCAGUGAUUCUCUUAAUGAUACAAACCAAAAAAAAGAAUGGAAUUUCUAUGCCAAUCUGUCAGUCAUAAGCAGGCAAUGUAUUAGUCAAAUUUUCAGAAGUGAACAGCAAUAUAUUUCUGAAACCUGAUAUCUCCAAAAUGAGUGUGGACGUUUGCUUUGGGGAACUCUGCAUUUUUGUUGUCAGCUGGGAGCUGUUAUGUCAUGUUUAUAAUGUUGGCUUGAUCAACAUUUGGCAAAAGAGGGUAAGAACAAAACUAGGUAUAAAAUGGGAAGCUUUUCAACAAAGAAAGUAUCUUUCCAUAGAUAAGAUUUGCAAAAAUAUGAAUCACUGAAACUGUUCAGAAUAAAUAAGGAAAAACCGAUUAAAAAACCUUUAUUUUCAGAAUUUCAGAAAUGUUUAUUUCUAAUGACUUCAAAAUAAAAAGUCCUUAUGUCAGCUACUCAGUGGGAAAGUCCAAAGCUUACUUCACACGUAGGUGUAGCACUAUUUUCACUGAGAGUUCAGGAUGAUAAGAGACCUGGCAUGUCAUCUGAAUGUGGUGAUGAAAUAUAUCUGGCAAUGAGAAUUUCAGCCUGUUAAAGAGCGAUGUUUUUGUAACAUUACAAGCCUAAUUGGCUUGAACAUCAUUAUUGAAAAUAAGGAGGUAAUAGCAGUGUUAUAUUUUCCCCGAAUCUGAGGCUUAGAAGGAAACAGAGAUGCAGGUUCAGGCAUCUUUGGCUCUCCCUUGUAGGGCUAGAGGCUCUUUGCCUGCUCCAGUCUCACCCAGAGCAUGUGGGCAGGAAGCAGGUGGAAGGAACUGGGGUCAGCCAAUAGGCCCAAACUGGCAUCAUUGUUGAAACAAGGGUUUGCUACUAAAGACAAAUUACUGCCUUCUGCAAGGAAAAGAAGGAAGUACAGUGGGUCUACUGUGGUUCCUCUCUUGGGUUCCCCCAGGAGCAGGAUGGCUUCAUCUCUCUGCUCGGGCCAUGAGCUCUGAAACAGGUUCCUGAGUCUGGCUGGCCUUUACCUUCAUGUAUUUAUUAAUGCUAUUCUGUUUUCAUGAAAUUUUUAUGUUGUUGAAUGGUUUCACAACCUUACAAGAAGAGACUAUCCAAUAACACCGAUCAAGUACCCUCUUUAAAACAAGUGAAAGUUUUUGAGUGAGCUGAAAUAACUGUAAAGUGUUUCCCUAAAGGAGAUUUGGCAACAGCUCUACAGCAGCAAACUUCAGACAAACAAUAGAAAAGCAGUGACAUUUUAAACUUGGUCUCAGUCCAAAGCAUCCCUGUUUUAUAAACUGGUCCUCAGACAUAUUCUCUUACUAGUAAUAACACCAAAGCCCUGCACUAUGUUUGCACAGGGCAUGAAUUUGCAGAGAAUUUGGUCUUAACUUUUGCACUUAGAAAUGGAAAAGUCACAUUUAUAAGAGCAUUCUCUGUUCUUUCCCCUUCUUGUGUGGGCGUAGGUAGGGAAGUGGGGAUAAAUACUCAGUCCCUCUUUAAGCUCUAUUCUAACCAAUUCUUAUCAAUAUGAUUUUUGUGAUAAAAAGUAGUGAUUCCUCCACUUGAAAUGCUAGCUGUAGACCUAGCCUAAGCACUGAAAAUCAAGAGCCAACCACUUAAGCAUUCUGGAGUAUAUUAAUUAAUUUUUUUUAAUGGAACUCUACUUAUUGAGCAUGUAAAUUGAAUUUUUGAUUGCCACAACAACUAGGACCAUACCUUUCAUUCAGUUGCUCUCCUGCAAGUAGAAUAGCAAUAAAGAAAUUUAUAUUUGUAUGGUCAGACCCAAGAAACUGGAGGAGGAGGAAAAAUUUGAAAUUUUAGUUCUAAGGCAGGAUUUGAUUGCUAACCAUUGGAUUUAGCUUUUCUGUACACCCUUCUCUCACAAAACAUGUUACUCUGUAGGGCACUAGAGUGGCUGUGAUAUUCCGAUCCCCAGGUAAUUCAGGCCAUUGUGCGAGUUGACAUAUGUGUACAAAUAAGGGAAAGGGAAAAGCCGGCGGUGUGUGCGAGCGGGUGGGGAGGCCGGGAAGGGGUGAAGAUCAGAUGCACUGUUAGCGCUGUCGGUGAAAGAAAGGCAAUUGUCAGGGCUGUGAUUCCUGGCUGCGGCUGCUGCCUGGGAAAUAUGUGUCAACACCACACAAGCUGCUGCGCGGAGGAGGAGGAGGACGCGCCUCUCUUUGUCCCUGCUCCGCUUGAUGCUGCCGUCUGCGAGAUGCCUUUGUCACAAACAGGAGUGCUCAUAAGACGUUGCUGUUUGCAUUGCCAUCUCCCCCCUCCAACCCAAACAACAACAACAACAGCAAAAUCCCGUCUCUGCAUUCAGGAGAAUUCCUUCAGCACGACAGCUUUAGCAGAGUGUGACGGGGAUUCAGACUCUGUCCAUGAAGAUCAAGCAGGCAGUUCCAGUCCCAGAGAUGAUGAUAACAAAGAAAAUUAUCCGGACAACGGUGCUGUCUUAGAGGAAAGGCAGCUGCCUUUGCCAGACGCUCAGCAGCACAGGCAGCAGGCUGUGAUUGACUGUGCUCUAAAGCCUGAAAUGGGCAACUUAAAGCUGAGAAAACCCAAGCCCAUUGCAAAGCUAGAAAAUGGAAAAAGCCAUGAGGAAAGUCAGGAGCUGGAAUGUGCAUUGCCAGGCCUCCCAGAGUGGCAGGGGAAGCCUGGAUCCUCAGCUAAUGACUACACACAGAAUGUGGCUCUGAGGUGCCAGGAAACAGUCGUGAGACUUCAACCAAGAAUAGAUCAGAACCCAAGCAUUUCACCAAAGGAAGCAACCGAUCAAUGUAACAGCUUAAAUGAGCCACUUUGUUUGGGUUUAUCUGGGAUGAGAGACAGCAGAAGACGAGGCCUGUCAUGUCAUGAAAACCCUUCCCAAAACAGUGCCAUGGGUAUGGUCCAAGUCAGCACCCUUCCCUUGAAUUCUUUGUUGAAGCUGCAAGCCCUGGAAAGCGAGCUGUGCUCUGCAUUCCUGCCAAGCCAGGAGGAAACUCCCCAGCUGCCGGCGCCCAAGGACGCAGCCCCUCCAUCAGCGCAGAGCGGCGUGCAGGCUGAUGGGGCCGGCGGUGGAGAGCAAUAUCACUUCAUUUCUCCUAUUGUUGAUUUUAAUUUAAUGCAUCAGCAGAGAGAUAGCGAAGAGCCUGUGCCAGCCCACAGAGACUGGCAGAACGACAUGGAGAGCAGCCCACAGGAACAUCACUCCCUAGGGACCAGUCGACUGCUGUAUCACAUUACAGAUGGAGACAAUCCUCUUUUGUCACCACGCUGCUCUAUCUUUAGCCAAAGCCAGAGAUUUAAUCUAGACACAGAGUCUGCCCCUUCUCCACCAAGUGCUCAGCCUUUCAUGGUGCCAAGAAGUUCUUCCAGAUGUAACUGUGAAGACUGCAAAGAACCACAGACAGUAACACAACUUACCAAGCAUUUGCAGAGCCUCAAGAGAAAAAUUAGGAAGUAUGAAGAAAAGUUUGAGCAAGAAAAAAAAUACCUGCCUUCCCAUGGUGACAAGACUUCCAAUCCUGAAGUUCUGAAAUGGAUGAAUGCUUUGGCCAAAGGUCGGAAGCAGCUCAAAGAACUGAAACUCAGAAUUACAGAAGAGCAAAACUGCACCUCCACAGCACCCCAAAGAAAUGACCAUUGUGAAAGCACUGGGACCUCUAAAGAGGCUGGCACACAGGAGGCCACGAGCAUGGAACCAGCUCCCUCAGUGGAAGAAACCAUGGAUAGCGUAUUGAGGCGACUGAAGGAGAAAAGACAACACUUCCACCUUCCUGAGACUAUUAAGGAUAUGACAAAAAAGCAAAUGGCUUUGGAAAAAAUCAAUCUUCAGAAAUGUCUACUGUAUUUUGAGAGUAUUCAUGGAGAACCUGUCACUAAGCAAGAAAAGAGUCUCAUGAAACCUCUUUACGACAGAUACAGAAUUAUCAAGAAACUUCUUGCAGCUCCAUCUUUGAUCACAACAAUUCAGGAGGAGGAAGACUCAGAUGAAGACCAUUCUCAAAGCAGCCAUGAGUUGUCAUCUGGUCCAAUGUCUUGCUUCCCGGUUGAAGAACACCUGUGUUACUCUCAGGAGGAGAGUGAGCCUGCACAUGUCUCACCUCUGGAUGAAAAGAAAGUUUACAGGCAAACAGCCUUGUCUAUGUCCAAUUUACACGAGGCAACAAUGCCCGUUCUGCUUGAACAUCUCAGAGAAACAAGAGCUGAUAAGAAAAGGCUUCGCAAAGCUCUGAGAGAGUUUGAGGAGCAAUUCUACAAACAGACAGGAAGGAGUCCUCAAAAAGAAGAUCGGGUGCCAAUGGCCGAGGAAUACUCCGAAUACAAGCACACAAAAGCCAAAAUCAGGCUCCUGGAGGUUCUCAUCAGUAAGCAUGAUAUUUCCAAAACAAUUUGAAGUGAAUGCAAUGCUGUGAUAUUGUUCUCUAGCAAAAAAAAAACAAGUAAUGAAAAAGAUAAAGUAAUUUUACAGGUCUUGGUCUGCUGCACAAUUACUUGACACACUGAGAUUUUUGAUGCACUUUACCAAUUAUAAUAGCUGGGAUGAGAGAGGACAGCAAUAUGCAAGAAUAUUAAGCACAGGUGAGUGGACUAUAGUAUAUAUUUUUCCUUUUGAAAAAGCCUUGAAGUGCACUGUGAGAAUAUUAAGAAAUGAAAAGGACACUGAAGUGUUGUAGCUCCUCAGUUUGACCUGCUCUAGAAGUGUGAGGAAAUGCUCUCCAGGUUUUUAGUACAUCUUAGUACAUUAUAAUGUACUACGUUUGUUUCCAGAAUUAACAUGCACUAGAAUUAACUAUUAAUGACGGCUCUCAAUGUGCUGAUUAAAGGAAAUGAAUUAAAACAAAUUAAGGGAAAACUCCAGACAUACGCUGGCUUUCAAGACAGAGUUGGCAUUCAAUUCCAGUAGCUUCAAAAAAAGGUGCAUAGAAAAAAACCAGUGCCAGGGAGUAGAGCAAAGUGAUGCUGCUUAUGCAAAAAAAAAAGGACAGAACAUGAUGGCCAAAUGGAACUAUUGGUUUUUUAGAGAUAAGAGAAAAAAACAGAGGUUACUGGGAAGAGAGAGACCAAAUGUACCAGCUGCUGUCCUUUUCACUAGUUCACAGGACCUGGCUCACAGAACUUAAUAAAUAGAUCAACUAACUACAUGCUAAUUUUGAUUUUUGUACGAAACUUUGCACUUUGUUUUGCCUGAUGCUAUAACAUUCGCUUUUCUGACUACCAAAGCUCGUUUAGACGCAUGCACUUUGUAAAAUGUUGAAGUACUUCUUGUGUUAUAAAUUGCCACAUAUAUAUAUAUAUUAAAACAGGACUAGAUUAUUGCAUUAUGCUAAGAUAUUUUGGAUAGAUAAAGUACAUGGUAUGUAAGUGAGUGUCACAGUUAUCUGAUGAGGACUGCUAGACUUCUUGUUUACUGAAAAUAAGAUUAUAAAAAGUUAUUUUUCCAUUGGAAUUAUGCAUAUUUCUUAACUUUCAGAGCACCACACUUUGUAUUAUUAAGGAGAAUUUGUCACUCUUUGUGAUAGAGCAUUGGUGUGAAAAGUGGACUGUUAACAGAAGGAUUAUCAGCAGGUUUUGUAUUAGAAAUGAAAAGCAGGGGGAUUCUGGGAAAUACCUAGCCCAGACAUAAAGGAGGGAAGAAUUAAUUAGAGAGAGAAAAAGGGACUUGAGUAAGUUGAAUCAUGUUUAGUGUUUUGCUUUAACUGUCACUUUGUAUUGACCACAUAGUAUAAGCAAUCUGUUUUCUAUCUUGGUAAGAAGAUUUUGAUUUUAUAAAGCCUAUUAUCUACCAACCACGUUUGUACUUAUCUUGCGUGUAAUGGCAUGAUUUUGAAGAUGGACACAUCUUCAAGUAGUUUGGAGGAAAAAAUAUGAACACUAAAAAAGGAAUUUUUUAUUUCGCAGACGGUUGGUUGUUUCAGUGUACUGACUUAAUAAUUUAUAACUUAACUUUUAUGAAUCAGAAAUGGUCUUCAUAAAUCUGUUUUAAUUGAAGUCAUCUAGAGCAACAGGAACAGAUACAGAGCUAUUUGAAGUUUACAAACUACAUCUUUGAUAAGGGAAAAUGAUUUAAUGAUAUAUGUAUACAAUUGAUAUUAAAAUGUAAUCUAUAUAUUCUAUAUGAUUGUAUAAUAUUUUAUACAACAGUACAAAUAAAAUAUUUUUCUAUUAUA